AUGAGCAAAAUUAGACUUUGUAAGUGAAUCUUAAGAAGUGAAUACAUUUCAUUCAAAUUCAAAAUUCCCUAUGAAAUCCAAAAUUUCUUAAAAAAUUAUUCAUUUCUUGUUUAUCUCGGCUCGAGUUCGGUUCAUCGUGUUCUUCGGAUCAGCUCUCAAAAAACCCCGUGUUCGAGAUCAUAAACAGAAGGAUUGUGAAGUAAGUUGCUUAAAAUUAUUCACAUACAUCUAAUUAAUACUUACCGAGGCUCUCCCAUGUUUUUUUUUGGAAAGAUCAAGGGAAGAAGCAAGUGCAAUAUCAAAAGUUAAAAGUAAAGUUUAAAAUAACAUGCCUUGCCAUUUUAGAUGUGUAUCGUGAAGAAAAAGCAAAAAGAAGAACCAGAACCCGGAAAUGAUGGCAAGUCGGAUCGGUAAGAAACAAAACUUUAUUUUUGGCAUCUUCUGGCGUAUAAAAAAGGCCUGCAGGCUGCGUUUUGAAGAAAAAUAGGCCGCGACUGGAAGUUUUUGUGUAAAAUUACGUUUUUGCAAAGAUUUGUGAAUGAGUGCUAGUAAAACUUUAGAUUCUUGAUAAAAUAAGUUCUUUUUAACUUAUUUUAUAUAUUUUUCGUGUUAUUUUUACUUUUUUAUCAGCUUCAUAAUAUUAUCCAUCUUUCAGUCCCAAAGACGACUCCGCCAAGAAGUCAAACUCGGCCAAAUCACCGGACGUCGAAGACGAUGGCCUCAAGAUUGAAGACGAAUGUCCAGAGAAUGCUCAGGUGGUCGAUUGUGACCUUGGGGAGUCGAUGAAGUCUGUCAAGGCGACGAAAAAGAAAAAGUUCACAGACAAACCCGACGUUACCUACGCAAAUGAGUUCACUGUCCGCGGAGUCGAAGCGCUUGUCAAGGAAUACAGUUCGAUACAUAAAUAUGAUGCACCUGGGGCUAAGUUUGAUGCCUUUCACAAAAAUAAGGAGAAAAAUCGGUAAGAAUUUGAGGUUUUCUUUUGAUUUUUAGGUAUUUGCGGGAAAAUCGGCAUGUGUAAUAUAAUUUUGGUCGUAAAAGAGUUAGCUUUUGAUCAAAAUGAAGAUUUUUAUUUUAUUUUGUUGAGAAGAUGUCGAAGAUUGUGUUUCGAGUCAGUUUUAUUUUAUUUGAGGAAAAAUUUAAUAGAUUUAUGGGUUUAUCUUAAAAUUGCGCAUGGGUAAUAUAAUUUUUAUCAAACAAUCGUUAGCUUUCGGUCAGAAUAGGACAUUCUUAUCAUUUUUAGUGUAAAAUACGUUGUAGAUUGCGGAUCAUUGGUAACUUUUGGAAAUGAAAUCUAUGUUUCUGAGAUUUAUGUUUUCUUUGAGUUUUGGCAAGAAUAAUAUAAGUUUGACCCCAAAAUCGUUAGUUUUUUAUAAAGCCAAACAACUUAUAUUGUCUUAUGUUUGCUUAAGAAGGUUAUGCUAAUUGUUUUUUUAGGUAUUGCGAUGUUCCGUGUCUUGAUCCAGAGCCAGGUAAUGAGAUCUCGCCCUCUUACUAUCAUGGAAACUUUGUCUUUUUUCCUAAUGAAAAGGUGAGUUUAUCUUGAUAAAUUUGGGCUUUCUAGAUGCUUUUAGAUGUGUUUAAUAAAAUGCUAUCAAAUUUGAACCAUAAAAUUAUCGUUUUUUUUACAAAAAAUAUUGUUUUAGACUCCACGUUACCUGAUCUGUGAGGGUCCGUUGCCGACGACGACCGAUACGUUUGCCAAAUUGCCAGAGAUAAAUGAAGUCACAUGUAUUGUGCAGUUAUGCGAUUGGGUAGAAAUGGGCAAAGCAAAGUGUUAUCAAUACAUACCAAGUGAGCCGAACAAGCCAAACCCUCACAAUAUUACACUGAAGAGCAAUGUUGAGGACGCAGAGGUGCCAGAAGGAACGACUAUUAGCGCGUGCACGUUUGGCAAUCAAGAGUAAGGGUUAGGAUGGAGACUGGAGAGGGUUUGCAGAGGAUUUUAAAUGGCAUUUGAUGCUAAACGGCACUUAAUUUUUAAAAGUUUUGGGAUUUGACAAAAAAUUUUAAAUUUUUGGUUGAAUUUGAAAUUUUUUGACGUUUUUUGAAUUUCAGGGUAACUCACGUUAAGUUUACUGCAUGGCCUGAUCAUUGUGCACCAAGUAAAUCAAAAACUGUCACUGAUUUGAUAAAUCUGUCGAAGAAGUACAACAAAAACAAGGAUCGACCGGUCAUGGUGCACUGUUCCGCAGGUAAAUUUUAGUUUUUUUAUUUUUACUGUAUUCAAAAAUGAAUUUUGUGAGCACCAUACCAAAUGUAUUUAAAAUUUAAAACAACAUAUCUUGCAAGUGUAUAUUUAUGGAUAUUGUUGUAGGUAUCGGAAGGUCUGGAACGUUCAUAGCUAUGGAUUUGUUAAGAGAACGGUUUGCGCAAUUUGAUGGUUCUUUUACUAUCAUCGAGGUAGGAUAACAUUUUUUAUCGAUAAAUAUUGUUAUUUUAUAUCUUGUAAAAAAACGUCUUGCCCUUUUUUGUUUUGUAAAGAAAGUUUUUGUUAUUUUAUGCUUUUUAAAGAAAGUUUUUACCAUUUUAUGUUUUGUAAAGAAAGUUUUUACCAUUUUCUGUUUUGUAAACAAAGUUUUGGCCAUUUUUUGUUUUGUAAAGAAAGUUCUUGCCCUUUUUGUUUUGUAAAGAAAAUUCUCGUCAUUUAUAUUAGCUUUUACUAAUACCCGACUCCAUUUUCAGCUACUAAAAUACAUUCGGAAAUACAGAGCCAGAGCCAUUCAAACAGCACCACAAUACCUGUUUCUGCACGUGGCUUUCCUGGAUUUGCUCGAGGAGAAGUACGGUGCAGAAGUUGUGACGGCAAAAAUGAGAACAUUUAGGAAACGCUACGACAAAUACAUUAGGGCAGUGGCUGCGAAACUGGCGGUAAGAAGGAUAUUAUGAUCUGUUGUUGACAACAAAUUUUAAUUUUUUUAAAUUUUUAACUUUCAAUUUUUUAAUUUCAGCACCCUCCGCCAAAGACGAACACAACUCAACAAACGACACGAACUACUUAG